CUAGCUGGACGUCGGCGGUUCAACCCGUGUGGUGGGACGAAAAAUGGAUAUCGACGAAAUAUUCGAGCACAUCGGGGAGCUGGGGCGAGCGCAAAAGAACCUGUUAGUUCUCCUCUCUCUCCCCGUCGCCUGGAUGUCCUUUCAUGUCCUGAUCCCCAACUUUAUCGCCGCCGACCCUGGCUGGAACUGCUUUGUCUUCACCACCAAUUGCACAGUAGGUAUAGGAGCAGUGCCUGAUUGCACACGUGCUGUCUCGCUGAUCACUGAUCCAGAGGAGAAGUGUAGACACUAUGGGAGUGAGGACUGCAUGCCUCAGUUUGACACCUCUGAGUAUACCUCCAUUGUCUCUGAGUGGGAUCUGGUAUGCAGCCGUUCGUCUUACCCCAGCGUAGCUCAAUCUGCCUACUUCCUCGGCCUCACAAUCGGGGCAUGGCUGUUUGGCUCCCUGGCCGACAUGUACGGGAGGAAGAGGAUACUGUUCAUAAACGUCCUGGGAUGUACUGCCGUAGGACUCGGAUACGGACUGGCAACUCGGUUCUCAGUGUUUGUGGUGUUCAGAUUCCUGUUUGGAGUCAUGAGUCAGGCGAUUGCUGUGGUGGGGUACAGUCUUCUACUGGAGGUUGUCGGGGCUGGGAAGAGGAGUUUGGUCGGCGUUCUGACACAGUCUUUCUUUUCCGUCGGGAUUGGUGUCCUGGCAUUGGUGGCGUACCUCUUUCGAAACUGGAGGGUUCUGAGCGUGUUUAUUUCUGUUAUUGGACUUAGCUUCUUGCCACUGUGGAGGUGGAUCCCAGAGUCUCCUCGGUGGCUGCUGGUUAAGGGAAGAGAGGAAGAGGCAAAGGCAGUCCUGACUAAGAUUGCCAGGGGCAAUGGGAGGAAUAUGACAAUCCCACGACUCAAGAGACCCUCCAGCCAACCAUCAAAGACCACUGUCUCUGUCACUGAGCUCUUCAGGACUCCAGUCAUCAGACACAGAACACUCAUCCUCCUAGUGGCUUGGUUCACAAACUGUAUGGUCUACUAUGGUCUGUCAAUGAGUGCUGGUAGUCUAGGUGGUGGGAGAUAUAUCUCUGUAGCUCUGUCUGGACUGGUAGAGCUGCCUGGUCUCUACAUUAACUACCGCUUAUUAAACAGAGUUGGGAGAAAGUGGACUCAAGGAGGGUUCCUUAUACUUGCUGGGAUCUGCUGUGUUCUCUGGGCAUUAGGACACUGGGCAGGUUGUGGUGAGCCGUUGACGCUGACUCUGGCCUUGGCCGGCAAGUGUGCAGUGGCCAACUCAUUCUGUGCUCUCUACCUCUUCUCUGCUGAGCUCUUCCCAACUGAAGUCAGGAGUUUAGGAAUGGGUGUGGUCAGUGUAGCUUCAAGACUCGGUGGAAUCAUGUCUCCUAUCAUUUUGAUAAUGGGAGGAGUCAGUCUGGGACUACCGAUGGUGGUGAUGGGUUGUCUGGGACUGUUGGCUGGUCUCCUGAGUCUCCACCUCCCAGAGACCCUUCACCAACCUCUUCCUGAGACACUCGCUGAACUUGAGCACCGGGCACACAUCACAAUCUCAACUUACCCACAAAUAUAUAUCUAAGCCCACCAGACCCUAAUGCAAUGCGUGGCCCUUGUCCAGAUGCUUCACUAACGAAUAAACAUUACAGAACGGAGAUGACAGGUCAGCAUCAACGCGUCCGUGAAGCGUUAAAUAUAUAGUGGAUAGUACUAGGGGUAGCUAUACACUAGCACCUGCACUUCUUUUACAACAAGUGUGACAGGACUGCAUGUAGGGAAGGACUUUGCUGCACUCGGCAUGACUGCACACAACGACAGUACACACAAUGUACUGUGCCAUAGCACAGUGGUUUGAGGUUUGCCGUGUGUGUUG